AUGUCUUCCAGAAGGGCUGGGAGAGUUCGUGGACCUGAGGACGAAACAGACGUGGAGGGGCCCACGGUGAGGAGAAGGCGAGUUGACGAUGGGACUCCUGAAAGCUCAGAGAGCUCUGCUAGGCAGCAGAUCUUGCAAGGGUAUCGGGCCCUGGAGGGCGAGAUGGCCAAAGAGAAGGCGAAAGCGGCACGUACCGGUGACAUUCACAUUGCACUAAAGAAUUUAGACGCUGCAGAAUCACUGUUUUCCAAGGCUAGUGGAUCAAGGAACCUCGAAUUGUUUGCGCACGACGCCAAGGCGAUGGUGAACAUAAGUGAGUUAGCGCAGAUGAGCGUGAGAAAUCUUAAGUUUGACGAUUCUAGGAGCUUGGUUAACCUUGAUGAUGUGCUGAAUAGCUGCAAGAAAUAUAUGUUGAAGGAAUAUUUCUUAUUGAACGAUAUCAGCGAGCCCGUAACUUCUCUGAUGAAUAAUGCUGAAGAAGAGGAGAGCGAGCUCCCGCUUCAUGAUGGGGCAAUGGAGGAUCAACAGGAGACAGUUGCAGGUACGAGCUCAAGCAGAUUGAGGGCUAAUACGCUUCGAAGAUCUUACCUGCAACAGUUCAGCACAUACGACCAAUUCCAUCAGUUCAAUUGGUUCCGGAUGGGAUCUCUCUUCGAUACACUGAGUAGAGGGGCAGCUACGGUCGACCAUCUGUCUGGACCAUUCUCGUUAGAGAAACGUCCCCGGGUCACGAUGAACCCUAGAACACGUCAGAUUGAUAGCGGCGCGAGCCUAACCACCGCUCAAAGAGAUCUGCCGGCAUCCAGAGGAACUGAGGAGCUCACCACACCAAUGCUGGUCAAAAGGUGCUACGAGAUACUCAGAAGGAAGAAGGGUUACGAGCCGAUAAAUUUAUUCAAGCUCAUCAUAAACCCUUCCUCGUACGCCAAAUCGGUCGAGAACCUUUUUUACAUCAGUUUUCUUCUAAAAGAGGGAAAGUUGAUCUUGGAAGAAGAUGAGGAAGGAUUUCCCAGCAUACGAAUAAAGGAGGAGUUGCCCAGGGAGGCGGCUGCUGCAGAACUCGAGGCACAAAGAAGACGCGAUGCUCAUCAAAACCAUAUUAUCUUCCAAUUGGACGGUGCAUCCUGGAAGAAACUCAUCGAUAAAUUCUCUAUAUCAUCGUCAUUUCUUGACUAG